CACGCUGGUUUCCUGACGAGUGGACAUUAUUUAGGAGCAUUUCUGGGAAGUUUGAUGUGGGGCAAGUUAGCUGACAGGUUUGGACGAAGACCAACUCUCCUGGCUGGAAGUCUAAUGAUGGUGUUCAUACUUCUGAUGUUUGGCUUCAGUUUCUCGUUUGCCUGGGCCGUGUUUACCCUGUUCCUUGGAGGACUUCUCACUGGGACCCUCGGGAUCGCCAAGACUUAUCUCUACGAGGUGUGCCCUGCGAAGAUGCACGCUUUAGCGUUUGCUGUAGUGUCUGUUGCUAGCGGACUGGCGUAUGUGGUGGGUCCAACAGUAGGUGGCUUCCUGUCCUGCCCUGCCGCCAGGUUCUCAUCCCUUGACACACCUGUCUUCAGACGCUUCCCGUACCUCCUGCCCUGCAUUGCCUCCAUGCUGGUGGCCCUCGUAGGGCUACUAGUUGGUUUCUUUUUCUUGGAGGAGACCAGACAGCAGGGCCGUAAGGCGGGCCAGAUAACUGCCGUUGACGAGAUUAAUCUCAGAGUUCUCGGAUCUGAUUUCAGAGGAGAAGGGACAGGAGAGAAACUUCAAGACAACGCGGCUGCAUCAGAAAACUAUGGAACAAUGACGAACUUCGAAAACCAGGAAGAUGUGGCUGCUGACGACACUAAUGGGAGAAGAGAUCUCCAAGGAAAGUUUCAGGACGUGGGCUCAACACUUGCCGGGUACCAGCGCAUGGAGGAAGGUGCCGAGUCUGAAACAGAUUCCUGGCCGCUGUCCCGUCUGGUGUGGGACAGACGAGUGAUGCUGUCGUCAUUACUGUACGGACUGCUGGCCUUUGUGGCAAUAGCUGUAUCUCAGCUCCUCCCCCUCCUGCUGGUGUCGGGGUAUGAUCACGGCGGGUUCGGCAUGGACUCCAGACAGAUCUCAAUAGUUGUCAGUGUUCUCGGAGCGGUCGUGAUGGCGGAUCAGGUACUUAUUGUUCCAUGGUUGACACGACGGUUUAAAUAUACAACAUUGUACAAGUAUGGUCUUCUGGUAUUUGCCUUUGGUGUGUUGAUGAUCCCUUUGAUGGCCAUGAUGACCGGUCCUUCAGUCGUUCUUCCUCCAUUGCCUGCAAACACGACUUUAACCUCCACAACAGUGCUGCCCUCCAGCCAGCCCCCGAGUCCUUCAGCACAGACGACGCCAAGUGUCCCUUCACAGGCGGUCACCGUUCCAACCUCCAGCUCCACCUCUCCACCACAGGCUCCUGUCACACAACAAACCAAACCUGUCACUCCCAAAACUGAAACUCCGAUGAACCCCAGCACACCCAGUUCUAAGCUUCAAACCCAGAGCACAACUAGUCCCCAGCCACAGGUUCCCGCUACACCCAGUCCCCAGGUUACCACUACACCCAGCCCUCAGUCACAGGUUCCCGCAACACCGAGUCCCCAGCCACAGAUUCCCGCUACACGCAGCCCUCAGAUUACCACUACACCCAGCCCUCAGAUUACCACCACACCCAGCCCUCAGCCUCAGAUUUCUGCUACACCGAGUCCCCAGCCACAGGUUCCCGGUACACCCAGUCUUAAGCCCCAGGUACCCAACCCAGAACCACAAGCUCCAACACAGCACGAAAACAGAUAUUUAAGCAAAAUUUACGACAUCCGUAUUGAGACUUUAAAGACAGGGAAAUAUUUAAGCAGACUUUAA